CGGGAAACGCUGUCUUCCAUUCCAACGAACACAACGGCGAACCAGUCAGAUACUCGAAGGCAAAUGGCUUUCAUCUCUCUCUCUCCGCCCUCCAUUUUUGUUCUCUCAAAAAGCUCGACGAAUUCCUUUGAAAUCGUCAACCAAUCCCCCCCUUAUUUUCCUCUAAAACAGCCCAUCUUCUCCGAAAUUGGAGCGGAUCCAUCUUCUGGUUCACAGUUCUGGACAUUACCUGAUGUAUAAAUUUGCUUUUGUAGUUAAUCCUUCGAAGCCUUCCAUCUUGUCCAGUCGCAUUGUUUAUUAACUGAUAGACGAGGCUUCGGACGGCUUGGGGUUUCAAUUGCCCUAAUUUUUCUUCGUUUCUGGGGGUGGUUUCUUUCUUUGUUCUUUUUUUGUUUCUGCUCUUUUCCCAAGUUCUUGUAUCUCGGAUCGAGAAUUUCUGUAAAAGAGUAAAUUCUUCAUAAUGGCUUUCACAGGAACGUUGGAUAAAUGCAAGGCUUGUGAUAAGACUGUUUAUGUCGUUGAUUUGUUAACCCUUGAAGGGAAUCCUUACCAUAAGAAUUGCUUUAAAUGUAGCCACUGCAAAGGCACCCUUUCGAUGAGCAGCUACUCAUGGAUGGAUGGUGUUCUGUACUGCAAGACUCAUUUCGAGCAGCUCUUUAAGGAAUCUGGAAAUUUCAGCAAGAACUUUCAAACUAAACCUUCUGAGAGGCAAAAUGAUCUGACAAGGACCCCCAGCAAACUGUCCUCCAUGUUCUGUGGAACUCAAGAUAAAUGUUCUGUUUGCACCAAAACAGUUUAUCCAUUAGAGAAGGUCACUUUGGAGGGGGAAUGCUACCACAAGAAGUGCUUUAGAUGUGCUCAUGGUGGAUGCCAUUUGACACACUGUUCUUAUGCUGCUCUUGAUGGAGUCUUGUACUGCAAGCACCAUUUUGCUCAGCUUUUCAUGGUCAAAGGCAACUAUAACCAUGUCCUUGAAGCUGCAGCAAACAAGAAAACUACCACGCCCCCAGCCGAACAUACCGAUGAAGAUGCCGAGCCUUCACCUCGAUCCGGGGAACAAGCGGUAGAGCAGUCUUAAAAUACCUUUUCUGCUCUACCAGCACAUUCGAGAAUUCUUCUUCGCUUUAUUCAACUUAUAAAGAAAAACAAAAAUUAUUGUCUGUUUGAAAAGAGAACCCAUUUGUUUUUGUUCACAUAUUCACAUUGGUUUAUUGUACUUGAAGACUCUAUUUAUGUGAGCUAGAUAAACAGAUCUUUCAAAGAAUUGCACCUUAGUUCUGUGUUGAUUGAGAAAACUGGAAUAAAAAAGCAGAUUUGGUGCAAUUCCAAAUGGUCACCAAAUAUAUUUUAGAAAAA